GUUCUGCCCCUUCUGUUUGCAUCCCUCUGCUUCCAACCUCAGGAACGGGUAGUCAUUAACAAUGAAUCAAAGGUAAAUGUAGCAUGCCAGACUGAACAAAUGAAAGAAAGAGGGAAUGAUAUAGUUUCAGGGGAAGGGGAUGCUGUUGACUGGACCUAACAGGAAUUAGAAACCAUCCACUCAGCAAGUGAAUGUGUGCCCAGCACUGUGUCACAAAAAGUGUGUUUCUUUGGUAAGUGGAAAAGUAGGAGUAAGCUGUGCUUAAGGGGCGGGGGGCCCUCUUCCCUCCAGCACCCUCAUGAUCCUUCCUACCUUUACCUCCUCUGGCACCAGGGCUUUUUUUGAAUGUGUAAAACCUCUUGUUUCUUCAUUCUGUAGAUUUCCCAGGCCUUUGGCUUCAGGAAAGUAGAGCAUAAGGUCUAGUUGGGUAUAAAUUGCACAUAACCAUCUCCCCAGCCUAUCUGCAUAAAAAGGCCAGUCUUCUUUCCUGAAAAUGUUUAGCAGUUUUAAGAUCCUCUCCUGCUGCACUAGCUCCUCCAAUCUCUACCUAAUAUAACUGAUCAGGGGCUUGAGGAAGACUGGAAGGAAUCCAACUCUAUUAAAGUACCCUGGGCUUGGAUUGAGGGGGAUGGGUUUACAAACAGGUGAGUCUGUGAGUCCAUGGGGUGGCGCCAGAGUAAGGGCCACCGGAGAGCUGCUCAGGGCAGCAGUCGCGAGCCCGGGGACUACACUUCCCAGGAUACCUUGUGUAGGCGCCUGGGGCGGGGCUGUUUGAAAGACGGGGCCUGCUUGCGGCUCGAGCUGUGCGAAUGGCGGGGCCGGUGAAGGACCGCGAGGCCUUUCAAAGACUCAGCUUCUUGUACCAGGCCGCCCACUGUGUCCUUGCACAGGCUCCCGAGAACCAGGCGCUAGCGAGGUUUUACUGCCACACGGAGAGGACCAUCGCGAAGCGGCUAGUCUUGCGGCGGGACCCCUCGAUAAAGAGGACCCUCUGUCGUGGCUGCUCUUCCCUCCUCAUCUCGGGCCUUACCUGCACCCAGCGCCAGAGACGCCACAGGGGACAGUGCUGGACAGUACAGACCUGCCUAACAUGCCAGCGCAGCCAACGGUUCCUCAACGAUCCUGAACAUCUGCUCUGGGGAGACCGGCCUGAGGCACAGCUGGGGAGCCAGGCAGAUCUCAAACCACCACAGCCCCUGCCAAACACAGCCCACCCCAUUCCAGACCACCUUCCUGAGGAGAAGAUACAACCUCAGAGCUCCAAUCACCAGUGAUGGAUUCACCCUAUCUUCCAAAUAAAUAAAGUUCAAUUCUCUUUUACUUU